AUGGAGAAAAAUAAAAGCACUCUACAACGCUGCAUGGUUGGAUUAGUGCAGAAGAUUGCCGUCUAUGAAACUAAAUCAAGAUUCUAUCUAGUUGGAUCUAACAGCAAUGAGUCCAAAUUCAAGGUGAUUAAAAUUGACAGAUUGGAACCCAAGGAUCUCAAUAUACAUGAUGAUCACUUAGAAUACACAGCCCAAGAGGUCAAAGAUCUAUUGCAAAUGAUCGACCAGGGAAAUCGCUUUACAAAGGUCCCACAGAAAGGAUCCAAUUCUGUCGGAUUGAAAAAGACACAUUCGGCUUUUGGUAUUGUUGGCUUUGUGAGAUUUCUGGAAGGCUACUACAUGAUCCUGAUAACAAAACGACGGAAAGUCUCUGAGAUCGGGCCCCAUACUAUAUACAAAAUCGAAGAUACGACAAUGGUCUACAUUCCCAAUGUAAACUAUAACAGUAAUAAUAAUAAUAAUUAUGGUUACAAUAAAAUGACAAAUCCAGAUGAGAAUAGGUAUGUUAAGAUGUUUCAAAACGUUGAUCUAUCAAGUAACUUUUAUUACAGUCACAGCUACGACUUGUCCAAUACGCUCCAGCAUAAUAUGACGCCCAAUAAUAAUAAUUCUGUUAGCGAAGAGAAAACUAAUGAUAUUCCUGAAAGCAGUUGGUUUUAUGAUUCUUCUUGCGUUGGCGUGAGGUGGAGCCCUUGCUGGCGUUUUGUUUGGAAUGAAUACCUGCUGAAAGAUGCCAAAAAUAUUCUUCAUUUUGAUUGGCUGCUGUAUAUAACCCACGGCUUCAUUGGCCAAUCAAAUAUAAACGUUUACAACAAGAACAUCUUCUUAACUCUAAUCGCUCGAAGAUCCAACAAAUUUGCCGGAACUAGAUACCUCAAGAGAGGAGCCAACAUGGGGGGCUCUGUUGCUAAUGAGGUUGAGACGGAGCAGAUCAUCAUCGAUGCUUCUUACACUAACCUCGACAUGAUUAGGUUUACUUCGUUCGUUCAGACAAGAGGCUCCAUACCAUUGUACUGGUCUCAAGAUAACAACAAGAUGGUCCCUAAGCCUCCAAUCAUCUUGGACCAAUCAGAUCCUUUCGGCUCGGCUGCAGGCCAACACUUCAACCAAUUAUUGGGCAGGUUUGGGUCGCCGGUCAUCGUCCUUGACCUCGUCAAGAAAAAAGAGAAGAAGAAACAUGAAAGUCUAUUGAGUGACGAGUUUGUGGUCUGUAUCAAAUACCUCAACCAGUUCCUACCAGUAGAGCACAGGAUAAAAUACAUUGGUUACGAUAUGGCGCGCGUCAGCAAAAACUGUCCACUGGACGUGUUAGCGUCACACGAGGAGGCGGGCAGACGUCAGAAUGGCGUCGUUCGAACCAACUGCAUAGACUGUCUGGACCGGACGAACACCGCACAAUAUGCCAUUGCCAAAUGCGCCCUAAUUAAACAACUCUACUCACUUGGAGUCAUAGAUAACUUUUCGUUGGAUUAUGAUUCCGAUUGUAUGAGAAUGAUGGAGGAUCUAUUUGAGGAUCAGGGUGACACGUUGGCCCUCCAGUACGGGGGGUCCCAGCUGGUCCACCGGAUUCGAGGGUACCGGAAGUUGACCGCAUGGACGUCAAGCUCUAGGGACAUCAUGCAGACCCUCUCUAGAUAUUACAGUAAUACGUUUUCAGACUCGGAGAAACAAAACGCCAUGAAUAUCUUUCUUGGCGUGUUCAUUCCAUCGUCCCGAUCUUCCCCAUCGCAAGCCAGUGGCAGCAAACAGAUCUGGGAGCUAUCUAGUGAUUACUACAUACACAACGAAGCAGCUCUUGAUCUAGGCAAGCUAAAUAGGAGAAGUUAUUGUCAGUGGUGGGACCAGCGUAUAUUAGACUGCCUUCCUUAUUCCUAUGAAGAUGAGAGCAAAGGCAUUUUAGAUGAACAUCUGGCUGUUGAGUAUCAUGAAAGAAGCAGCGAGCAGGUGAACCUACUCGACGAUUUGUAUAAGCCACAUGAGAUGACUUCGUUUGACGACCUUUUUGCCAUGAACAUGUCUCACUCUCUAAAAGAUUUCAUGCCAAAGUCUUCGAGUGACAUCAGCCCAUUUUGUACUCGCAUGUACACUUCUAGUGGGAAGAAAGCUACUGGGUAUGUAUGUUGCGUGAUGUUAUAUUUUUCAUUGUUACCAACCAAUCAUUCAACUAAUCAAUCAACAAACUGA